AUGGACAAUUCGUACUCCGAAAGCGAUGUUUCCCUGUCACCAUCGCAAAUAUUUGAAAAAUUAGAUAUGCUACGACAGCUUCAAAUAAUGCAGCGCGGGAAACUAUUAAAACAACGGUUAGACUACCAAAAUUCACCUGAGAUUUCUUCAAGUAUAACCGAAAUUGUAAGUCAUUUUAGUAACAGCACCACAUACAAUACAUUUAAAAGUUUAUUACAAUCUCCGCGCGAUAGAUCUAACGACGCAACUCCUCUUCCUGAAGUAACUUGCACAAACUCUGACCCGCGUGGUGGCCAAAAUGUGCAAAAUCUAAUUGACGGUGUGUCAGUGCUAAACUUAUCACAUGAAUCAGAAAACAUUACUAAAUCCCCUAUUUCAAGUCAAGCAUUAAAUCCCUCAAAGCUAAGAGACUCCAGUGAAAAUUUAGAUAAGGAUGAUAGAAUAUCUUCUAACAAUAAAAAACAUAUAUCUCUUGAUGAAAUGCCUAUUUUGUCACCAAAGAAGAACUUUGAAGAGUUAAUUGUAGAUACCUUAAAAAAUGACCAACAACAACAUAAACAACAUCUCAAAGAAAAUGUCACAACCAUAACAAAAAAACAAUAUUUGAAGAGAGGAGAGGGAAUGGCUCGUUUUGGGAUUAAGAAGAAUAAUCUUAUCAUUCAAAAUACAAAAUCACUACCUUGGAGACUAAAAGCUGGGUCUAGUAAAAUGCAAAAAAUUCCAUCCAGUGAAAUAAGACAUAAAACUAACAAAGAAGCAGAAAUGUUAGUCCAUGUUCCUUCAAGUUUACCAAUACCCAACCAAGUAGUUUCAAUUGAAAAAGUUCAUAACCAACAAGAAUUAUCUGACAGUAAAAAAAAUUAUGUUAAACCGUCUACUAAUUUACAAAUGAAUAACAUUAGUAAUUUGACAGUAAAAGUACCAAUACCAAAACACCCUAUUCACACCAAUAAAGGAAAAAAUUGGGCUGCUGUAUUAACAAAAGAGCAAGACGAUUUUCUUAGAAAGUUAAAACAAAGCGAAUAUUAUAAAAACUUUUCUUCUCUAAAUAAAAGUGUUGAAUCGGACAUUAGUAGUUGUGAAAGUUCAAAGGUGAUUCAGAAUAAAGAAAUAGCAGAACAAAAUUUAUUUGAUUUAAUUGAAAAAAAAGUUUCUCAUGAUAGUUUCAAUAUAAACAACUCAUUCUUUGAUAAAUUUAUUAGAAGUAAAUUUGAAUGCUCGGGGGAAAGUACUCCUUUAAUAAUGCAAAAAUGUUUAACAGAAAAUCCAGGCUUAAUGCAUAUAAACUCAAACUUAAGAAAAAAUAAAAUAAACAAAGUUUCUGGUAGUGAAGAUGAGUCUUGCAUAAGCGAGUGUACGGAUUGUAGUGAAUGUUGCUCAGUAUCCACUUGCUGUUCAUGCCAAACCGAGGCACAAAGUAACCAACCAAAAAUAAUGGCACAAAACAUUAAGAUAAUGAAAGGUAAUGCAAAAUUGUCACAAAUUGAAGUACACAAUGGGAGAGAUGUGUCACAAGAUCAAUGUCAAAAUGGAAAUGACAAAUCUGAUAUAGACAAAGUUAAUUCUAAUAUAGCAGAAAUGAAUGCCAAAUUAAUUGCUACAAGUGAUACAUUAAAGGUAAGGUUACAGGAGUUGGAGGAUGAAAUUGAAACAUUUCGAAAAGAAAAUGCCAAUAUUACAAAAAUGCGAGAAGAAAUUGACUUAGAGCGCCAAAAAUUCUAUGAAGAAAAGUCUGCAUUUGAACAAAAAUUCAAUGAAGAGAAGAUUCUCUCAGAAUAUUAUUUAGCAGAAGAAAAGGAGAAACUAAUGAAGCAAAAACAAAUAUAUGAACGAUAUGUUCGGGAUAUGAGAGGAAGGCUUAACAAAAAAGAGAAGGAUGAGGUAGCCAAUUUAAAAAAAGAGAUUUCUGUUUUAAAAGAUGAUAUUAGAGUUAAAGAUGCUAAAUCAACAUCUACUAUUGCAAGAUUAAGGAAUCAAUUAAAACUUAUGGAAAAAGAUAAGAAAAAUUUGGAAGAGGAAGUUGAAAAGUUAAAAAAAGAAAAUAAAAGGAUUCAACAUAGCAAUGAGGUGACUAGAAGAUUGACUAAUAUUAAAUAUUUAGAACAAAUAAAUAGAAAACUUUCAACAAUGGCUGCUCGAGAGACUAAAUCAGAAAUUGACUUAGAUCCAGAUAUUAAAUAUAAGGCUUUUGAAAUAGAGAAACAAAGUAAACUUAUGACAAAAGGAAUAAGAACUAGAGCCAAAAGUGUACCCAAUUUAAAUGUGACUUCAAAAUAUGCUAAAUAUUUUAGCCAAAAAGAUUCAGUAAGUGAUAAAGGUAAAAAUACCUUAGUCACAACAUAUGUGUAUACAUCUGAUAAUGACAUAGACAAUGAAUCAAUUGGUGAAGAUUCUAAUGGGGAACUUCCACAGAGCUUUUCAGAAAAUGAUGAUAAUUAUUUAGAAAAAAUUUACAAUGAAAGAUUUAAAUCAAAUUCACCUUCUAGCAAAAGAUCUAGUGUAACAAACUCUCCACCUUAUCAAAAUACCCGAGGAGAUACAAGUAGUUUCUUUUUACAGAAAUCAAGUUCAGUGCCGUCCAAUAAAAAGGCUAAAUCACCUAUACAUAAUAUAACACCAAACAGCUCUAGUUCAAAUAUCUCAAAAUCGCCACCAAUAAGUGAAAGAUUGCACCAUACAUUUAACCAACAACCUGUUAAAGAAGCAAAAAAUUGUUUACACAAUAAAUCAAUAUCUCCAUUAUCAGUUAUUAGCAACCAAUCAACAAAUAGUCAAAAGCCUAUGACUGUAAUAUACAAUGAAUCUAUGUAUAAUAAUAAUGAUGACCGACUAAUGCCUUCUCCGGAACCAACAUCUUCCACAACUAUAACUAAAACAAAUUUAAAUCCUAUUGAAACAUUAAAACCUAAUGGGACAAGAGAAUUGCGAUUUUCUAAUGGUAAUUUAAAAAUAAUGUCUGCUGAUGGCAAAUACAGUAAAUUUAUAUAUUACAAUGGAGACAUUAAAGAAAACUUUUACAAUAAGGGUGUAAUAAAAUACUUCUAUUCUGAGUCAAAAACUUAUCACACUACACACUCGGAUGGUUUAGAAGUUCUUGAGUUUCCUGAUGGCCAAGUAGAAAAACGUUAUCGCGAUGGUUCUUCUGAAAUCAGGUUGCCAAAUGGAAUGGUGAGAUAUUUUGACCCAAAUAGUGAUGCUGUUCGAGAAGAGUGGCGGUAUCCAGAUGGCACUGCACUCUCAGUAUCAUCAAAUGGUGAACAGCACAUAACUUUUCCAAAUGGUCAAAUUGAAGUUCACACAAAAGACCAUAAGCGCCGAGAGUUUCCAGAUGGUAGUGUAAAGCUGGUCUACAGUGAUGGGACAUCAGAAACUAGGUAUGCUUCUGGACGUAUUCGUAUAAAAGACAAACAUGGUAAUCUCAUUAUGGAUUCAUCUUUAAGGAAAAACCAUACCAUGCGAUAA